AAUAAAGAGUUUAUCAAAGAAUUUUAUAACAAUAUAAUUGACCUUCAGGCGGAAGGAAGAAUGAUGUACUUUGAUACUGCAGAUCCGCAUUUCAUUACCACUCAGAUGCAAAACUCUAAAGAGUUCAAAAAUAAUAUGGAAUAUCUGAGAAGUCAACUCAACAAACUCUUAGAGAAACUCAAUGAAAGAACCGUACCAUUUUGGUCACCUCGUUAUAUGGGUCACAUGGUUACAGAAACGACCAUGCCAAGCAAUCUUGGUUAUGUGGCAGCCUUACAAUACAACCAAAAUAACAUUGCUACUGAAGGAUCUCCACUAACCACUUUGCUCGAGGUUGAUGUUGGAAAUCAGUUAUGCGGAAUGCUUGGAUUUAACAUUGCUAAUAAUCUAAAUAUCAAUUUGGAUAAUCUUGACCAAGAGGAUGAAAAUAUUUAUAGUUUUGAUACUCAAGGCAUUCAAAGUUGGGGUCAUAUUACCUGUGACGGUCAAUUGUCAUUUAUUGGCAAAAGUUUUACCGUUGAAUUAGCAAAUGGUUUGGAGAAUAAGCUUCUUAAGGAUUGUACCACUUGGGAAUUACUUAAUCUCAAACCGACCACUGUGUUAAACAUCCCAGAACGACUUUAUCAAAAUACUCCAGUAGACAUUGCUGCACGAAUGGAUGUUAAAGAGCUUGACAAAGAGCUUGCAAAAUGCGUUAGGAAUCAACAAGCUGUUUAUGCAGUAGUUGCGAUUAUGGGAUCAACUGAACAAGGUGCUUGCGAUCCUUUGGCUGAUAUCGUGGCGCUUCGAGAUCGAUAUCAACGCAGAUACGGACUUAGCUUUGUCAUUCAUGCAGAUGCUGCAUGGGGUGGAUACUUCCGUACGAUGCUUGUUGAACCCCCCAAAAAUUCACCGCUUGAUGAUUUUCUAGAAGGUUAUAAUGAUAAUGAAGAGCAUGAUACCUUUGUUCCUAUGUUGGCGUUGAAUCCUUAUACAAGGAAGCAUUUGUACAGCUUAAAAGAUUGUGACUCCGUCACCAUUGAUCCGCACAAAAGUGGAUACAUCCCAUUUCCUGCCGGUGGUUUAUGUUAUCGAGACCAGCGUAUGAGAUAUCUGGUUACAUGGACAAGUCCAGUUGUAACUCGUCCUAAAGAAGAAAGUAUGGGAAUUUAUGGUGUUGAAGGAAGCAAACCUGGCGCGGCUCCAGUAGCUGCUUGGCUUUCUCAUGAUGUAAUUGGGCUUCAUCAAAGAGGUUAUGGAGCAUUAUUAGGACAAGCAACUUUUACUUGCAGCAAGAUCUAUUGUUACUGGGCCACUAUGUCAACUGAUAAAGAUAAUUUUAUUGUUAUUCCAUUCAACAUGUUGCCUGCUGAGAAGCUCAAUCCACCAAAUUUAAAAGAAGUCAAACAACAAAAACAAAAGAUCAGAGAACUGAUUGUCACCAAAUCAAAUUUGGAGAUUAUAAUGAAUGAAGAAGCCUUGAAUUUAAUUAAGCAAAACCGUCUUGGUUUAAAAGGCAACCAAGAUCUCUAUGUUUUAAUUAAUGUAGUCAUGAAUCCUUGGCCUACAGAAUUCGAUUUUAUUACUGCACUUACAAAUACUUUUAAGGAAACCUUGAAAGAACUUGCUGAGCUUUCAGCUAUGCGCAAUACAAUAACACCCAUACACUUUAACAGAAUUAAAUCAGCUGAAGAAAAUCAAUCAAAAGAUAAAAGUCAUAAUUACACAACACAUCUAUUUAUUAUUCAAGGCACAGAUGAAAUUUAUUUAGUGCAUUUACCAUUAUUUCAAUUAGAAACCCAUCGUUUUCAAGUUAUUAUUAAGGCUGAAAUACCAGAGAGAAUAAUGUAUGAGUACAAGAACUUUCGUAAAAAAAAUCCUUCAAAAGUGUUAUUACUUUGUUACCAAGAAAAUAUUACAAUCGACCAAAUUGCAACAGAAGGAAACUCCUUCAAAGCUUAUAUUAUAGAAAAUUUUGAUCCAUAUACGCGCAACUUGGGAUUAUCUUACCAAGAUGCAGACUAUCCAAUAGACCGUAUCCCAUUUUACAUAUAUGGCACAAAAAACCAAUUACACAUUGAACACUUACUUCUUAAAUCGCCCUCUAUUCAACUUUCGGCCGAGAAUGUUCGAAUUAAAUUGACAUCAGGAACAUUUACAAAAGAACAGAAAAAAAAAGGUGCUAUAGUUCACAUAAUCGCAAAAGAAGAAGAUGGCAUAAUCAUUAAUUUAUCUGAAGCUGCUAUGCAGCCAUUCCCAGAUACAAAAUAUCUUGGAGAUCCAUUUUUUUUCAAAGCUAAUAGCCGCUUUCAUGUAGAACUAUAUGAAGAUCCAGUAUGUGACCCAGCUUUAAAUGGGCCAGGCUUAGAUAACGUUAAUUGUAUAUUCCCAUUUGCUACAGGAAAAAUUAUCUUGCCUCCUGUGAGAGAAGGAAGCUUGUAUAUCGAUUCUCAUUUAAUUAAUGCAGAUCCAAUAAAAAUCAAAAAUGAUGGAAUAGUUAAAUGCACUUCAACUGAUUCAUGGAAGAAAUGCCCUAAACAAUCAUUGGUUAAUCCAAAAAAUAAUUGGUAUGAAAAAGACUAUGCUAAAAAUAUUCCUGCGCGUGACGCUUCGUGCAAACUUGUUAUUUAA